UUUUUCUAAGGAUUGAUUUUCUUCUUCUUCUUCUUCUUUUUCUUUUGAUUUCUCCUCAUUUAAAGAGAAACGACCCUCUAAAUAUCCCUGUAAAUUCUUCUAAUCAGAUUUUCUAAGGGAAUUAGUCAGUGAAAAAUAUCAGAGUCAGUUUUAGUCACUGCCCUCUGUAGUUUCCAAAAGUUAGGCUUACCAAGGGACCAAACGUGAAAUACAGGAAGAGUGGAAGACCCAUCAAAUUGGAGAUCUCUAAAGAGACAAAAAGUCAGGGCGCGCUGUCUUAUUUGUUUUCAAGCCCUAUGUGCUGCACUUCACUUUCUGUGGGUCUAUUGGCUCUCCAUUAAAUCAACCCUCAUUCCGACCACUUCAAACUCUCUCUUGAGAUAUCCCUUUAGAAUCUGGGGAAAGUUGUGACUUUUGGAGGUUCUCAAUCCAGGGAAAGGCAAUCAUCAAUGGAGAAUAGAUAUAGUUUAGUCAGGCAGAGCAGUGGUUUGUGGAGAUCCUUGAGAGAUGGAGACUUUGAGGAAGAAGAUGUUUGGGCUGUUCUCAGAGACAGAGCAGAAGGAAAUUCAACUUCCAUGGCUGACAAAUCCAAGGAAUCUUCUGUUUCUGUUCCUAGGCCAUUCCCAAGUGCUGCAAGAAUGAUACCAAGAGCUACAUGUAGCAGUAGUUGCAGUGAUAGUUCCUCUCAUGAACCCAAAAUCGUUCAGCAAUCAGCACCUGUCAACAUUCAAAACUGGUCACAGAUUUCUGGAGAGAAAUCAAAGAUGGCUUCCAAGAAUUCUUCGUGGCUUGAUCAUGAUGAUGAUGAUGAUACUGGGCUUGUGAAUGAUGGUGGGGACAGUGAUGAGGAUGAGUACAAUUACAAAUUACCCCCACAUGAGGUAGUCGCUAGAAGGCUUGCAAGAAGCCAGAUAUCCUCUUUCUCUGUUUUAGAAGGUGCUGGAAGAACCCUCAAAGGGAGGGACCUUAGCAAAGUGAGGAAUGCCAUCCUAACAAAAACUGGUUUUCUUGAAUCACCUUGAAGGGGGUCUCCAAUCUCCAUGGCCAUGCAUUCCUUAUGCUAGUUAUAUUUCCAAUUUCUGUGAUUUUAAGCAUACGGGCUUGUGGUGGUUCCUUUAGUCUUAGAGGUUGUCUUAUGGUUUGUGUUCAGGGUAUGCUAAAUUUAUUGUAAUGUGAAAAGGCAAUUGAUCCUUCCCCAUUCCCAUGGCACCUUUACCAAAAUGUUUUUUCCUUUUUCUUUGUGAAUAGAAAAUUUAUACAUGAUUUGGUCA